UGGGACGUGACUCCCACCUUUACUGCCUUCCACAAUAAAUAACACGACCCCAACGCAAGUCAACUAUAGCCACCACAUUCCACGCCAAGAAAACCAUUAACAAAGAUCAAGAAAAUACCAAAAGCAGAUAGACAUUGCAAUGGAGAUGACAACAGAAAUGAAGAAAGGUCCAACAACAAGGGCAUCUCAGAAUGUCCUCCCAUACCAAACAGCAAGAAUAGGGGAAAAGUACACUCUUGGGAAGAAACUAGGGCAAGGGCAAUUUGGGACAACAUACCAAUGCAUAGAAAAUGCAACAGGGGUUGAAUAUGCGUGCAAAUCAAUCCCAAACAGGAAGCUUUUAUGCAGGGAAGAUUAUGAGGAUGUGUGGAGAGAGAUUCAGAUAAUGCAUCAUUUAUCUGAACACCCUUAUGUAGUGAGGAUUAAAGGGACUUAUGAGGACAAUCUGUUUGUCCAUAUUGUUAUGGAAUUGUGUAAAGGCGGGGAGCUUUUUGAUAGGAUUGUUGAAAAGGGACAUUUUAGUGAGAAGAAAGCAGCACAAUUGAUGAACACUAUUGUCAAGGUUGUGGAGGCUUGUCAUUCUCUUGGUGUCAUGCAUAGAGAUCUCAAACCUGAGAAUUUCCUCUUUGAUACCUCUCAUGAAGAUGCCAAGCUUAAGGCUACUGAUUUUGGCUUGUCUAUUUUCUAUAAACCUGGGCAGUAUCACUCAGAUGUUGUAGGAAGUCCUUAUUAUGUUGCUCCUGAAGUGUUGCACAAAUUUUAUGGGCCUGAAAUAGAUGUCUGGAGUGCCGGUGUCAUCCUUUACAUCUUAUUAUGCGGGGUUCCACCUUUCUGGGCUGAGACGGACAAUGGUAUCUUCCGACAGAUAUUGAAAGGAAAGAUAGAUUUUGAAUCAGAACCUUGGCCUCACAUUUCGGAUAGUGCAAAAGAUUUGGUAAAGAAGAUGCUCACCAGGGAUCCUAGAGCACGAAUAACUGCGCAUCAAGUUCUAUGUCAUCCUUGGAUUGUGGACGACAACGUUGCUCCAGACAGACCCUUGGGUUCUGCAGUUUUAUCACGCCUAAAGCAGUUCUGUGAUAUGAACAAACUCAAGAAGAUGGCUUUACGAGUCAUAGCAGAAAGGCUUUCAGAGGAAGAGAUAGGCGGCCUAAAGCAAUUAUUCAAGAUGAUUGACACAGACAACUCUGGAACAAUCACAUAUGAUGAACUAAAACAUGGUUUGAAAAGAGUAGGAUCUGAUCUAACGGAGUCCGAAAUCAGGGCCUUGAUGAAUGCGGCUGACUUCGACAACAAUGGCACUAUCGAUUACAGUGAAUUCAUCGCUGCGACAUUGCAUUUGAACAAGAUGGAGAGGGAGGAGAAUCUUCUUGCUGCAUUUUCCUACUUUGACAAGGAUGGUAGUGGUUACAUCACCAUUGAUGAGCUUCAACAAGCUUGCCUAGAUUUUGGCUUUGGUGACACUAAAUUGGAAGAUAUUAUCAAAGAGAUUGAUAUAGACAAUGAUGGACGCAUAGAUUAUGGGGAAUUUGCAACUAUGAUGAAGAAGGGAAAUACAGGACUGGCAGCCAGAACAAUGAGAGGCAAUUUAAAUUUCAACCUGGCAGAUGCUCUUGGAGCCAGUGACUGUGACAAAGAUCAAUAGGAGAUUGCUAUUCCUUUUGUAAUAAUAGCUUAAUAAUAGCUCCUUGAAAUUUUAAAAUCCAAUUUGGCCCCAAAGCUUUGGUCCAGUAGUAAGAACGCAACUCGUGAUGUGUAGGUGAGGGCCAACACAAGCCUGGUAUUAAGUGGUAAGGAUAAAAUGACAGAUUUAUUGUCCACCGGAUUUCGAACCUUGUGCCAAUGAUCCUCAAAGAUUUCUUCAUCAUAAAAAAAUGUAAUUUUAAACCCAAUGUUUUUUUUUUUU